CGACAGGCGGACCUGUGUGAGGGACGGAGAAGCGCCGAAUGGUGAGAAGCUGAAUCCAGUUCCCACUCUGCAGACCUCUGAGAUGGUCAGAAACCACCUGACAGUUCGGCCCGGCUUUUUCCCCCCUCCACACAUCCCUGCCUCAGCUGAGAGAGGACCAUGAAUCUGAGCCGUGUCUGCUGUGAUUUUCAGCAUUUAGACAAACCAGUGUGUUAGGACACGUCCCACUCAUCGUCACUGAGCAGCCCAUGCACAUGCACGACACCAUGGGCAGCUCCCCUGAGGUGCUCUCUUGGACUUCCUGUCCCAGUCUACUGGUGGGCAAGCUGAAGGAGGAGCUCAAACUCACUGUGGUUGGGGACAGCAUGAAGAAAUCCAGCUCGCCUAACUCCCAACCGCAGCCUCCUCAGGCCCCUCUCUCCAACUUACCUCCUCAGAUCAUCACAGACCUCGCUCCGCCGACACACCUGCCCGUUCCCCUGCAGACGCUGCAGAUGCCUGGCCAGGAUGAGGAGUCCAUGUUGGGCGGUACUAGUCCACCAAACACGGCCCUGAGCGUGGACUCAACUCGGAGCGAAGGCGGACACUUUGACAACAGCGUGCUCCAGCUGCAGGAGCAGGACCACGAGGAAGCUGGGUCACCGGCGUCCCAUGAGCACGGUGGAUGUGGCAGCGGGAUGGACGACCAUAUGGGAGAGGGGGACUGUCCAAUGGACCACAAUGGAGAGGGCAAGCCAAACCUCCCGCAUCACCCCGAUGACAUCAAGCUGCACUUCCAAAGAGCACCUCCUGGAUCGGGGGGCUUCUUAGAGGGGCUGUUUGGCUGCCUGCGGCCUGUGUGGAACAUUAUAGGGAAGACCUACUCUACUGAAUACAAGCUACAACAGCAAGACAUGUGGGAGGUUCCUUUCGAGGAGAUUUCAGAGCUGCAGUGGCUUGGCAGCGGCGCACAGGGUGCCGUCUUCCUGGGCAAGUUUCGCUCCGAGGAGGUGGCUAUCAAGAAGGUGCGAGAGCAGAAGGAGACGGACAUUAAACACCUGCGAAAGCUCAAGCAUCCCAAUAUCAUCAGCUUCAAGGGUGUGUGCACCCAGGCACCUUGUUACUGCAUUAUCAUGGAGUACUGUGCCCAGGGUCAGCUGUAUGAGGUGCUGAGGGCGGGGAGGAAAGUGACCCCAAGGCUGCUGGUGGACUGGGCCACAGGCAUUGCCAGCGGCAUGAACUACCUACACCUGCACAAGAUCAUCCACAGAGACCUCAAGUCUCCCAAUGUUUUGGUGACCCACAACGACACUGUGAAAAUCUCAGACUUUGGCACGUCCAAAGAGCUCAGUGAUAAAAGUACAAAGAUGUCAUUUGCGGGGACGGUGGCCUGGAUGGCCCCAGAAGUGAUAAGAAAUGAGCCUGUGUCUGAAAAAGUAGACAUCUGGUCAUUUGGAGUUGUGUUAUGGGAACUGCUGACUGGAGAGAUUCCCUACAAAGACGUGGACUCCUCCGCCAUUAUUUGGGGUGUCGGCAGCAACAGUCUCCACCUUCCCGUCCCCUCCACGUGCCCGGACGGGUUUAAAAUCCUCAUGAAACAGACAUGGCAGGGAAAGCCCAGGAAUAGGCCGUCGUUUCGUCAGAUUCUUCUACAUCUCGACAUCGCCUCUGCAGAUGUUCUGGGAACUCCUCAGGAGACCUACUUUAAGUCUCAGGCAGAAUGGAGGGAGGAGGUGAAGAAGCAUUUUGAGAAGAUCAAAAGUGAAGGCACCUGCAUCCACAGGCUGGAUGAAGAGCUGAUCCGACGCCGGAGGGAUGAACUCAGGCAUGCGCUGGACAUCCGGGAGCACUAUGAGAGGAAAUUGGAGAGAGCCAACAACCUCUACAUGGAACUCAGUGCCAUCAUGCUGCAGCUGGAGGUCCGAGAAAAGGAACUGAUGAAGAGAGAGCAGGCGGUGGAGAAGAAAUAUCCCGGCAGCUACAAGCGCCACUUAGUCCGACCGAUCGUUAGAUCCAACGCUGUGGAGAAGCUCAUCAAGAAGAAAGGAAGCAUUUCCCACAAACCUGGGAUGCCUCCCACCAAAAGGCCAGACCUGCUUCGCUCUGAUGGCAUCCCUAGUGUAGACCCUCUCCCGUCGCCCUCACCGCUGUCUGCUAGCCCAAAGGUCUCCACCCCUCCUGGCAAAGCCCGGUAUCGAAGCAAGCCUCGUCACCGCCGCGCCAACAGCAAAGGAAGCCACAGCGAGUUCUCCGCUGUGCUGAAGCCCAUUGCUGGAGCACCAGAAGAAACCCAAUCUCUCCAGGAGCAACCGAUCCACCACCAUCAUCACCACCACCACCACCACCCUCCUCAAACGGAGGGGAAUUUUCUUCCCUUGAAAGGCCGCGAGGAGGCCGUUGUCAAUUGUGCCAACAACCUGCGAUACUUUGGCCCCGCCGCCGCCCUCCGUAGCCCUCAAACUGACCACAUGCAGCGCCGCGUUUCUGGCUCCAGUCCUGACCUCAUUUCCACUGCUGUGGAUGCAGACACGCGACAGCGGACUUCAUCCACCGGCUCCAACCCUGUAUCAGGCGCUGGUGCUGGUUCUUUAUGUCCCUGCUGCCAGGCUCACCCCUUCCCCGGCUGCCUACACUGUCAGGAGACCCCUCCCCCAUCAAGCCACCCAGAGCUGCCGCACUACUCGCUGCUCAACACCCAAGAGGGCACCCAGUCUUCUCUGGGGGCACACAACAAAGACACAGUCUCAGAUGGAGAGACCACAAAGAAGACAGAGACGCAGGAACAGGAUGCAUCCCAGCACGCACACACACUGCCCUCUGCACUGCCCCGCAUUCUCAGGCCGCUUAGGAAGGGUGGUGAUGAGUCAUCUGAAGAAGAAGAGGGAGAGGUGGAUAGUGAAGUGGAGUUUCCAAGGAGACAGAGACCUCAUCGCUGUAUGAGCAGUUUCCAGUCCUACUCUACUUUCAGCUCAGAGAACCUGUCGGUGUCUGACGGAGAGGAAGGAAACACCAGUGACCACUCGCACAGCGGACCCCUGGAGCGGCUGAGCGCCAGUCAGGAGGAACACCUGGACGAGCUGCUGUCCCACACGCCGGACAUCCCCAUCGACAUCUCCACCCAGUCAGACGGCCUCUCUGACAAGGAGUGUGCCGUCCGCAGGGUGAAGACGCAGAUCUCGUUGGGGAAGCUGUGCUCCGACGAACACAGCUACGAGAAUCCGCUACAGUUUGGGGACUCGGACUGUGAUUCGUCAGAAGCCGAGUGCUCCGAUGCCACUAUUAGAAACAACAAAGUCGGGGCUCCUUCCUCGUGGUGAACCUGCCUAAAGGGCUCAUCUUCAUCUUUUUUGCCUGGAGGCCAUCAUGUCCCUCUCUGCUCUGCAGAAAAUACAGCAAUAAGAGGACAAACAUUGUAAACAAAGCUCCCUAUAGCAACGUCCCAUGUAAUCUCUCCCAUAUGAUCCCCACCCCACCCACCCCUCAUCUAGCACAGCAUUCAGGCAACCCAUUGCAGGGAUUCCCUUUUGAAUGAUAAUGUACAAUAGAUAGUUUAACGUUCAUAAUUUAUUUUUGUCUGAGUUCUGAAGGAAAAUUCAGGAACUAUGAAACUUCUCUGAUCUGAACAGAGAGGAAAAAAACAGACAUUUUGAACCCAAGGAAGGGUUUACUGUGUGAUGGAGAGAGACCAGGACUGGAAGAAGGUGCAGAUGAUGACGAUGAUGAUCAUGAUAAUGAUGAGAAGGGCUUAUUGAUCAGAGGAUGAUGGCUUUCAGUGGGGAGAUGCAUAACUGCAGUAGUUGGUCUCUCAGGCGACUGCCCCAGAAUAAAAGCGGCUUUCAACAUCUCACUGUCAUGGACAGAAAUCUCCAAACAACAAGCAAUCGCUCAGCUCAUACUGCAGCCUGACCAACCUGCUUUAUCAUGAGUUUACAGUUUCAAGUCCCAGUACCCCACCUCCUCCGCUUCCACCCCGCCUCCCCACUGUGACUAACGUGGGGAGCAUGGAGCUCAUGGAAAACAUUGUGAACACCAGCAUGAACAACCUGCCUCGCAACUGGAUUUUCUCCCUCCCUGAAACCACCGGAUGUGUCUGUUCUUCAGGAUCCCCCAGCCCCCGCCCUCACGUAGCUGUCGAAGCAUGCUUAUGCAGCUCGCGAAAUGAAAACGCUGCCCCAAGACUGCAUGAAGCGGACAGAGCAUCAGAGAUAAAGACGCAGCUGAGAGCUAAAGGAAAAAAAAAAAGAGACUCUUCCUCUCUGACUCUGCUCAUCCUUCUCUUAAAGACAUGCCAACGUCAUCGUCAUCAGCAAUCAGAUGUCACAGGCAGAGUUACUGAGGGAGUUAUCUGUGUAUGAGAGUGUGAGUGAAUGUGAGUGUGACAACACAAAGCCCUUUCCUCUCCAUUAGACAUUACAGUUUCAAGUCUCAUCUCAGGAUCGUUCAAGGACUGUGAAACUGGACUGGACCAAUUAUAUGAAGGAAUGUUUUUUUUUUUUUUUUUUUUUUGUUUUUUUGAGCGGCACAUAUUAAGGACCAUGCAGGAAUACUCGAAAAGGUCUUACAGCUCUGGCAAAGCCUCGAGCUUGAUGACCAGCGACUGGUUGAGCAGGAAAUUCUUUAAGUCUGUCCCACAUCAGUAUUGAACACUACAGGAGGGUGUGAGUCAUAAACCUGAGCAGCACAAGGUGAUUAUUAACACCGAUGGACGGUCUGCCUUUUGCUCAUCGGCUUCGGAAAGGCUGCCUUUCCUCGAGCCUCCUCCUUCACUCUUGUUUACGUUUGUGUGAAAUAACCCAGCGUGUUGUAAUGACGGGGUAAUCCGAUCAAGCUGUUAAUAACAUUAUCUUUCUGGCGUAUAUCCUGUGAAGUAUGAUUGUUGUGUAGUUUUAAUUUAAUUUUGAUCUUUGUUUUUUUUGUUUUUGUUUUUUCUUUGUAGCUGGCCUACAUGAUUGUUGAAUUUAAUUUAUUUUGGAUGACUGGUGAGGAGGAGUAGUGUUCUUUUUAAUUUCAGGCAGCUUCAGAAAUGUCACGACCUACGACUUCUCUCCUGGAAAGUAUUAUUUAAAGGAAGCACAAUGAAUUGGUCAGGGAAGAGGACAGUAUUUGUGUGUGUGGUUGAACAAAAGCAUCGUCAUGUCACGUUGACCCUGCAGGGGACCAUUCGUCAUUUAGCUUUGAUUUAGCAGACUUUACAUCAGUAAUUAUCUCAUCGUAGGCUGUUAGGAACCACUUCCAAACAUAAGUCAGUCGGUGGGCUGUCUCUGCAGUGUAAAUGAGGCGUGAAGCCUGGAGGCAUGCGAGAUGCUGACCUCAGUACAUCUGCAGUGACCCCCACUUCCUCUCAUUCUUACUGGGGAAAAAAACCAACAACUUGCAUUCAAAUUUCUGUGAAAUCGUCUCUCUAACCAUGGACAUCCUGUUGCCUUGUCCUGUGUUAUCAGACUCAUGUUUCUUUGUUACUCGUUUCUAUCCUCUUUCCUGUUGAAAGGCAUUAUGAUCAACCAAUCCUGUCAAUUUCCUGUAUUAUCCAGUGUACAGUGCAACGAGUAACUGGGAGAACUAAAUCAGCGCAAACAACUGCAUGGAAUAAAUGCUGUACUGUACCCAAA